UUGUGUAGUCUGAGAAGGGUUGUUAGUACUCAACAAACAACAGCAUAAGACACCAUCUAAUUCUAAGGUCUCUCUCACUCUCUGGUCAUGUCUACUUUUGCUCUGGAUAUCAUUUUGAAACAAGUCUUUCUUAUUAAUGCACUCUCUCUUUCCCUCACGCAUGGAUUCUUAGUUUGAUAUUUUUGAACUUCAUGAUUAACUGCUUUUGUAGCUCUACUACUUCAUCCUUUUCAUGCUUACAAACGGGUCGAAAAUACCUCUUCUCUUCCUGUCUUCUUUAUCUCUUUCCAGUUAACUCUGCUUGCUUUAUUUCUGCUAAGCAGUUUUGUUCCUCUGAGGAGGUAUAAUUAUUGUACUGUUUAUGGAACAAUUAUUACACUAUUUAACAAGUGAAUGAAAUGAAAGCGGUUUUUGAUAUAACUAAUGAUUGUUUGCUUUGCAUUCUUAUAACCGUACAUUUCCUUUUUCAGUUAACUAUUAUUUCUAUGGCUUUAAGCUUUUGCUCCAACUUGGGGUCCUUUGAGCAUCAUCUCAGUCUAGAAAUGAUGAGCAGCUUCCAACAAAUGCAUGAUCCGGAGAUGGCAACAGAAGUCCUCAUGGCUUUUGACGGCAAUUCAACUCUUGCAGACUUCGAUCCAUUACUUGAUCCCUACGAGUUCUGCCACGCAGACAACUACAACAUUAAUCUCCUCCCAUACUGCUCUACCCCAUCAGAUUAUUUAACCUACUUCUCACCAGAAAUCUUUCCUCAAGAUGAACUCCAAUCCUACCAAUACCCGAAGCGCCAGAAGAUCAGCUGUGGAAAUUAUCAUAAUUACUCGGAUUUUGCUCCUGGUUUCUUCGACGGUCAUCUCCCAAAUCCUUCUGUUCUGCUUCCUGAGACACUGCCGGAAUUUCUCCCUCCAUUGCCGGCAUCAUCUUAUUCCUGCGAUCAACAUACUCCUGAGAGUUACGUGAAGAAUCCCACUAGUAGGGUAAGCUUGUCUGCUCAGAGCAUUGCUGCCCGUGAAAGGAGAAGGAAGAUAACGGAGAAGACCCAGGAGCUUGGGAAGCGAAUUCCAGGAGGGAGUAAGUUGAACACAGCUGAGAUGUUCCAUGCUGCUUUCAAGUAUGUCAAGUACUUGCAGGCUCAAAUCGCAGUUCUUCAAAUCGUGGCCGACAAAGAACCAUUAAUGCAUGAUACGAAAGAACUCCAAGAUCAUCUUCUUGCAUCACCCCUUAUUCAAGAGAAGUUGUACUCAGACGCCAAGUGCUUAGUUCCGAAACAGUUUCUUCAAACCCUAGCUAAUGAUCGUGAAAUCCAAUCAAAGCCAUUGAUGCUCAAGGACAUUCAUCAGUUGCUGCGAACCAAUGCAGCUUGAUUUGCAUGUGAUAGAAGUUUAUUUUCGAUCCUUUCUCUAUUUUCCCUUAACUAGUUUUGUUUUUGUUUUUUUUUUUUUCUUUUUAGUUGGUACAUUCUCUUAAUUCGCAGUGUCCACUUUUACAGCUAGGUGCUAAAUACGUCAUGUAACGAUCACUUUCUUGUAAAUUUCUCAUUUCCAAGAGAUCCCGUAUUACUGUUUUUCCCUUGUAUGAAGAUGCCAAAUGUUUUUUAAUUUUAAUUUUUAUAAUUGAAUCUAGUUUUAAAUACA